AUGUCGCGGUUUCUCGCUCAGGAGUCGACGGUCACCGCCAGCUGCUACACCGUCGAGUCUUGCAGCACCAAGGUCCACGGCUUCCACUACUACACUACUCUGGGCGCCGGUGAUCCCGUCUUCUCUCUCAUAAAGGAGCACAGUGGUAUCCCUGAGGUCCCCUCAGGGUCUAAAACAACCACCUCAAGACCUCCCCUCGAGUAUUCCGCGUCCAGCGGAACACUCAGCUGGACAGGGAACAACUGGCCCGAGUCUAAAGCCAAGGGGGAGGCGACGCACACCAUUCCGGAAGAGUGUGAGAGGCUCUUCUGUGACACACUAUCCGCGACCUUCCUUGGUGAGAGGAUCGACGUCGGACAGGAGUCACUGGGAAUGGGUACGUUCCAACAGACUCAGCCAAGUCAACAGCACAGUCAACACCGUAUCGGGGACCACCAAGGAUCGAUCCAGAAAUGGAUCGAGGUGUGGGACUACAGCGGCGACGCAAUAUACCGUGGCUUCGUAGUGGGCGAGGGCGACGAGCGCACCCUGUUCGUCUUUCUCGAGGACGGCACCAUCGGGCACGGCCUGAAAUCUGGUCUAAUUGCACUUUUCGAACUGGCGGGAACCGACGCCUUCGAUUGCUCGCAGAUCGUCGCCUGCGUCCGGCGCUCCCAGCAUGCCGAUGAGAUGGAGCUUGUCCGCAGCCUCGGAUGGUGCGGGUUCAAUCUGACUACCCUGGAUCCGUGGAUCAAGGGGACAUCCGGCGCAGCAGGACCAGCACUAAGCACGGAAUGGCUUUUCUUGGUUGCUGAAGUGUAG